AUCAAGAAGGAUUUCAGCAAAGAAAGCCAUGGAACAUCCUUAUUUUGACGAUUUAGACAACCUUAUUUUGACGAUUUAGACAAAUCGUAUCUUUAAACAGCAAUCCGGCUGGGUUGUUUUAUGAUUGUAGUGAGCAAGUUAUCUUGACUUUAGGAUAACAGAGUUUAAGAACCCUCAUUGCUUUGACAUUUGUUUUGAAGGAUGAUUUGGUGAAGCUUUUCUUGGCUGCUACUCCCUCUUCAUCUUCUGCAUCAUCAUAGUCUCUGGUCACCAAUGGCUUCUUCCCCAUGCAAUCGAAUCUCUUCUUCAUGCCACUGAAGAUCAGAGAUGGAGAAGAUGGAAUGCUCCUAAAUCCCCUUGCACUUUCUAACCUGGCAGCAUCCACGCUUUUUCUGGGCUGCAGUCUUUAUGGAGCAGGAUUCCGGGAGGGAGUGUACUUAGCUUUCACCACCAUAGCUGUUUCUUCAUUCUUCCUGUUUUUCUUCCUUUUCUUCAUUUGCAUUGCUUUUUUCUUUCUCUUUGUUUUAGACUACCUGAUUCUUUCACAGCUCAUAUGCAUCAUCCGACUCUGGAGGGUAAUUAAGAUCGAGCUUUUCGACAUCAGUUGUUCCAUCUGUGCUUUCCAACAGCAUAUGAAGCCAUUUUUCAACAUUUCCUUUCCCACGUUGCUUUCUUCUGCUCUCUUCAUCCUCUAUUUCCGGUUCAUGAAACAAUUCCUUUCCCAAGUUGCUUUCAACAUUUCCUCCUCUCUCGUGUUUGUAUAUCAGCAGCGCAAUGCCAUCGUCGUUCUCCAUUGUACAGUAGCAGUGCAAAAUCGUACGUAUUAAUUAUUGUAUUAUUAUUUAGAAUUAUAUUUAUAAUAUAAUUAUUUUUAGGGUUUAGGAUUUUAGUUUCUGUGGUUUGAGGAGCAUAAAGGUAACCAUGAGCAUGUUAAACCAAUUUUAGUGAUACAGACAUGUAGUUACAAUAGUUUGUGUAGUGAUAUUAUUCUGUAUUGUGUUACUUGUUGCCCCCAUUUCUUUUUGA